AUUGAUGAAAGUUUCAUGUGGAACUGUGCUGCUGAUGUUGGGCCAAGAGUCUUUGGGGUUGGAUGAUCAGAGUAUUCCAAGGCAGGGACUAGCUUCCAAUUCCGGAGAGUCUGGGCCAUUUACCAAGAGCAGGGCUUAGCUGAGCUGGGAUUUUCAAACUGUAAAUCAGUUCCUUUUCCUCUUUUGUGUCCUCCCAAAACAAAGCAAAGAAUGAUAAAACAACUUAGGGCUUGAGAAAGAGAUUGUAGAGAACAGGUUUCAGAGCAAGAAGGGACCUUAGGUGACUGAGUUGGUUCCCAAGCUAGAUGAAGAGAGAAAGGCAGGUGAUGGAAGGUCAGUGUCGGUUGGGGCAGAGUUAAAGGGGGUAAAAAGUUUUAAAUUCAUCGGCCUGCAAAAUGUAACACUGUGGGAACACCUCAGAUCCACUUUGGUUUGUGAUCAAAGCGACGACAACAACAGUAUCUGCUUCCUAGCAGAAUACGGUUCAGAAACCACGAGAUUUGCUGCAGUGAUCGCUUUUCGUGCACAAGCAAAACGGUGGUUAUUCUAUUAUCUUGAUUCAAUUACCCAAGCGUUUGCCGGGUGUGUGUCUUGCUUUCCUCCCCCUCUCCUUCUGCGCCUUGCACAGCUCUGCCUUGCUCUCCCCGUCUGGGCUGCUGGCCGCGGGGGCUGUGAUGCAGGUAUGACAUAUGGUCCGCUCUUGCCUCCGCUGGGAUCCCCUCUGGUGUCUCGUUAACAUGCGCUGCCUGGUGGGGCUGCAUCAUUGUUAAAGGAGAUUCCAACGCAGCGCGUCCGCCAGUCCCUCUUCUCUGGGACUCCGGAGCUGCUGGGCUCGAAGGAAACCGUGAGCCGGCUCAGCUGCAAAGAACUUCCCAUUACAGUUUUCUUAGGGAAUCUUUACCAGCCUUCACCAACAGAAUGAAUCAGAGAAUCAAGCAAUCUGUUAUGUCUUUCUAGCAGAGCAGGAGAUACAUCUCUAAUAAACAGCUCCCCAAACAGUGAUCCUGUGACUUUUGAAGGAAGCAAGACUGAAGUGCAAUAUUUUUUUUUAAAGACUUCUUUCUGAAACUGACCUGAAAAAAGUUAAAGGGUUUUCUUUUUCAAAUCUGGUCUGUUUGGGAAAUGAAUUUGGCAUAAUUUUAGCAGAAGAAGGCAUACAAAUAUAACUGAUAUCUUUAAGUACAAUUUGAUGCAGUGUGGCUUCUGCAUUUAAACCAUAUAUUUAUAAUGGAUGAUGGCUAUAGAAAUAAUCCAAAUCUCUACCAUGGAGCAAGGGAUAUAGCUAGAGAGGCAAAUCGGCAGUCUAGGAACCAAGGAAUGGAUGAUUAUAGGUAUCAGGAUGGCAACUAUGAAGGGUAUACACACAAUGACAACUAUUACCGUAGAGGAGAUGAAUCCAAUCAGGAUGAAGAUGCCCAGAGUGAUGCCACUGAAGGUCAUGAUGAGGAUGAUGAAAUCUAUGAAGGGGAGUACCAGGGCAUUCCCCACCCAGAUGACAUUAAGACAAAGCAAAAGAAGAAAUCUCCCUCUAGGUCUGAUGAUUAUAGGGACCAGAAAGAUCUCAUAGCAGAACGAUUGGAGGAUGAAGAGCAGCUGGCUCAUCAGUAUGAGAAUAUCAUUGAGGAAUGUGGUCAUGGGCGUUUCCAGUGGACACUCUUUUUUGUUUUAGGCUUGGCCCUGAUGGCUGAUGGGGUAGAAGUUUUUGUGGUGGGUUUUGUUCUUCCCAGUGCAGAGAAGGACAUGUGUCUAUCCAGUUCCAACAAAGGGAUGCUAGGGCUGAUAGUCUACCUGGGAAUGAUGGCUGGGGCCUUCAUCUGGGGUGGCCUGGCAGAUAAGCUUGGGAGGAAGAAAGUCCUUGGCAUGUCUCUUGCAAUCAACGCCUCCUUUGCUUCCCUCUCCUCUUUUGUUCAGGGCUAUGGCUUCUUCCUCUUCUGCCGCCUUAUCUCUGGUAUAGGGAUCGGGGGGUCCCUCCCCAUUGUAUUUGCCUAUUUCUCUGAAUUCUUAUCUCGUGAGAAGAGAGGUGAACACCUUAGUUGGCUCUGCAUGUUCUGGAUGAUUGGGGGAAUUUAUGCUUCAGCAAUGGCCUGGACCAUUAUUCCGCAUUAUGGUUGGGGCUUCAGCAUGGGAACCAAUUAUCAUUUCCACAGCUGGAGGGUGUUUGUGAUUGUCUGUGCUCUUCCAUGCAUGGCAUCCAUGGUUGCCCUGAAAUUCAUGCCAGAGAGCCCACGUUUUCUAUUGGAGAUGGGUAAACAUGAUGAAGCCUGGAUGAUUCUCAAGAAUGUGCAUGACACCAAUAUGCGGGCCAAGGGGACACCUGAGAAAGUAUUCACAGUUUCCCACAUCAAAACCCCCAAGCAAAUGGAUGAGUUCAUUGAAAUACAAAGCUCAACAGGAACUUGGUACCAACGCUGGCUGGUCAGAUUGACCACUACUUUUAAACAGGUCUGGGACAAUGCCUUAUACUGUGUGAUGGGUCCGUAUAGAAUGAAUACACUGAUUCUGGCUGUGGUUUGGUUUUCUAUAGCUCUGAGUUACUAUGGCCUAAUAGUUUGGUUCCCCGACAUGAUUCGCCAUAUUCAAGAUGAAGCUUAUAAGGCCAAAGAGAAGGUCUUCAAACAUGAGCAUCUGGAACAUGUCACGUUCAACUUUACCCUGGAAAACCAGGUGCACAAACAUGGGAAGUUCUUCAAUGAUAAGUUCUAUAAGAUGAAAUUAAAGAAUGUAAUCUUCGAGACUUCCUUCUUCGAUGAAUGCUAUUUUGAAGAUGUCGUAUCUCCUGGGACUUUCUUCAAAAACUGCACUAUUGAAUCAACCGUCUUCUAUAAUACAGAUCUCUAUCAUCAUAAAUUCAUUGGUUGUCGGUUCAUCAACACUACCUUUAUGGAACAGAAGGAGGGGUGCCACUUGGACUUUGAAGAAGACAAUGACUUUCUCAUCUACCUUGUUAGCUUCCUUGGCAGUCUGUCUGUAUUGCCAGGCAACAUUAUAUCAGCUCUGCUCAUGGACAAAAUUGGGAGAAUCAAGAUGAUUGGUGGCUCCAUGCUGAUAUCGGCAGUCUGCUGCUUCUUCCUAUUUUUUGGCAACAGUGAGUCUGCAAUGAUUGGCUGGCAGUGCCUGUUCUGCGGUGCCAGUAUUGCUGCCUGGAAUGCACUGGAUGUGAUUACAGUAGAGCUAUAUCCUACUAACAAAAGAGCAACGGCUUUUGGUAUCCUCAACGGCAUCUGCAAAUUUGCGGCCAUUUUGGGAAAUUCCAUCUUUGCUUCCUUUGUAGGGAUAACCAAAGUGGUUCCCAUCCUCUUGGCUUCCUCUUCUCUGGUUGGAGGAGGUCUGAUUGCCCUUCGAUUGCCAGAGACUCGAGAACAGGUCUUGAUGUGAACAGUUUGGGGGGAAAGCAAAGACCUGAAGAGCCAUAUCAAAAAAAAUUGAUAUGCCCCCACUCUUGCUGUUUAUCACUUUCUGGCGGAUAUUUUCAGAUAACAGGGGAAGAAAAGCUAAUUUGGAGACCCAUAGUUUAGGAACAGUUUCAACUGUGAGAGUUCUCUGACCACAAUGGAUUGAUAUGGUGGUACCAACAGUCAGCCAUAGGAAUAUAGAGUUUUGUGUAUUGCCUUAGGUCUCCCUAGCCUAAGGCUGAAAGAGUGAGGGUACAUUGUCUCCUCUUCCAGUGAGUGCACAUACUGUGCAGGAGUGAGGGGGACUAUCUAUGCCUCUUUCCCCUACAUGAGACCUAAGUUAUGGUUUGCAUUUCAAGACUACUUUUCAGCCCAACUCCUUCACUGGGCCAGAAAACACAACAGAUUGUUUUAGUUGAAGAUACAGUCUCUCUUUUUUGAUUUUUGGUAUGAGGAAGAAGCAAAUACGUGUUUUUUUAUUUUCUUCUUUUUCAAGAUUUUGAAAUACUACAUGUUUCAAUUUUCAUUUAAAAAUUGAUGCAGAAGCAUCCCAAAAGCCCUCAGAUAGAACCAAAUAUAUAACUGUUUGGUGCAAUAUUUUUGGAAAUUGACCAUUGUUUUCCAACUCCAUUCUCUCCAUUAGUUGGAAAUUAGAAAAUCCAAUGUGAUGAUGGGGAAUUUAUUUUUUUUUAUCUAGUUUUUUCAAAGGCAAUUACAUGAUGAACAUUCUGCAAACCAAAUGCCUACAUAUGUCAUAAGGGAGUAGCUGGACAUGAACAUUUAGAGUAUAGAAUCUAGAGACACUUAGUAGCAUUUUGUCCAUAUUUGGGAAGACAUUGCUGUUUGGGGUCCAGGAGAUAUGGGUCAGAUGGAAUGAAAUGUAAGCAGAGUUUCUUAUAGCUAUUUAACCUGUUAUCUAGAGGAUUCACUAGCAAGCUCAUAUUGUACAGUCCAUUUAAUCCUGGCACUUUUCUCUGUGUAGAUGGAUAAGUUAAGUUUUAUAUGCUAUAGAAAUCAUCCAUGAAAUAAAAAAUACAUGGUCCUCAUGACCUGAAUUUGACUUUUGCCACUUAUCUGGACACAAGAUGUGAUGAGUUCAGUGGCCUUUGACUAUUGUUUGUUGGCAAGAACAAAAUUCCAUUUCCUGGGGUGAAAAAAUGGCUCAUGUUUAGAAAUUUUAGAUUCCUCUUAUUCAUUCUAGUCAGCCAAGUUAGCAUCCAUCAAAAGAGGACAUGACCCAUGGGCACGCAAUGCCUGCAUACCCACCUUUCAUUUGAGGUCUUUCCAACAUUGGAGAAGGAAAACUGAAUCAGUUUUUCAUUGUUCAGUACUCUAGGAAAAGUUGUGCUGGGAGAAUUGGAUCUAGAACUUAGAUGUGGCUAAGCAUAUUGGACACCUUUCAAAGAAAGGAGGAGCAAUAGAUGGAAUAGAUGGAAUGAUUGCCUCUUUAUUAUAUAUAACACUCAUUUUGCACACUAAUUUGCAGUGUACUCUUUGACAUAAAUAACAUGAUAGAUUCGACACAAGAAAUAUUCACAUAUAAAAAAAAUUACUAUAUUUGCAUUGACUACUCAGUGUUCCCCAGUUUUGGAGACAGUUGUUUAGGUUCAGAGAUGAUUUGAGAUUGUCUCAUUCUAUGCUCUCUUGAAUGUAACUUCUUCAUCCUUCUCUCUGCUUCUCUAUCUGACCUUGGUCCUAUAUCUAUGUGUACCCCCAUUCUAUGUUCUCUUUUCUUUAUUAUUUUAUGUCAGAGAAAGAAGUCUUUAUUUCCCCAUGAUCUUAAAACCCGAUUCCUUACUCCUCCCUAUCAAAACAUGCAUGUUUUGUAAUUUCGUGUUAAUUAUCCUGUUAUUAAUGGUGCACAGGUUGUGACUAAUGUGAAUGCUACUGCUUUUAUGAGAGAUCUUAUAUAUAUCUAUAAAUGUUAAUUCUAUCCAUAUCUGCAAGAUUCUGGCUAAUUUUAUAAGGGAACAUCAUUGAAUCCUAGGACUUCCAUGACCCCUGUAAUAUAAUAGAAGUCCAUUUUAAUGGAGACUUACCACUUGAAGUCACAGACUGUUGGGUCCUGUAUUUCUAGUUAUGAUUGAUCUUCUGGAUCCUGAAAGUGAUGAAUUGGGGAGUGUUGGAGCACUGAUUGUAACUCUAGGUUCAACUUUAGUCAGUUCUCCAAAUUCUGUCUUCUCAAUUUAUAGACAUCACUGCAUCAGUUCUUUUGCUGCUUAAACCAACUCCCCAACCAACCAAGUGUAACUUUCAUCUCAUCCAUCACUGAACCCCCCAUAAAGGGUGUACCCAGUCAUUGACAGCCUUUAAAUAUGAAGAAUAACCUGGCAGGAAAGUCUAGCUGCUUCCUCCAUGCUGUCAUGGUUGCUGAGAAGAAUAGCACUCAUUAAACACUGUCCAUAGGGCAUGCCAUUAGGGAAGGUGAUUGGUUUCAAGGAGAUCCCUUAAAUAAAACUUGAUGGAUUCUUUGUUAUUUUAGCUUAGGAAGGAAGUAUAUGGGGACAAAGUACCGGAUUGUACUUUGGCAAUAAAUCUGCUCCACCUUUUGUGAUUCUUUAAAAACCUUUUUUUUUUCUCCUUAGGAGUAGCAGAGAGGUAGCAUUGUAUAGAGGAUAGAUGUCCGGUAUUAACAUUAGGGAGACUUGGGGCCAUGUAUCACCGGUGACACAUACUAGCUAUAUGUGACUAUGGUGAGUCAUUUAAACACAUAGUGUUUACCCCUAUUGCUCCCCCCAUGUAAACUUCCCAGACAAGAAAUUAGAGAUGAUUAUCCAGCUGCAUGAGUAGGAGUUCCCUAUGCCAUUAAAACCAUUGGUUUGGACUAAUGGUAAUAAUAUUUUUUAAGAUAACCUUAUUAAUAGUAGGGUUUUUUGAAACUGUUCAUUAGUACACUGUUAUCUUGUAGUGCUGAAUUUAGAUAAUUUGUUUUAUUGAAAAUAAUUAGCAGUUCCUAGAAACCAUCCCUUAUUUGCAGUCUUUAAGAGCAUCUCCCCAUAUUGGUUUGAUUUUUUCUCAGAUUUUUUCAGUUCUCACACCCCGAAAUUCUUCAAGCACUGAGAUCUUAGCAACUGAAUCUUUCCUAGAAUUUUUGAGUUUUUGGUGAUGAGAUCACUUGAUUAAUAAUUGCAAAAUAUCCAAUUUCAACAAAGGUCUUUAUCUAGUUGGGUCUGAGUUUACAAACACCCUAAACUUCUCUGCCAAUCAGCUGCAGUUUGUUGAAUACACAUGCCAUUCUGGUUAUUCUCUUCUUCUCAUGCAGUUGAUUCCCCACAACACAGGUAAGAUAGAUAGCAAUAGUAACCACAGCUAGUCUUUAUAUUGUACUUUAAGUUUUGCAAAGCACUUUACAAAUGUUUUCUCAUUUUGUCCUCAUAACAAUCUAUUUUGUGGAUGAACAGACUGAAGUACCCUGAGGAUGAAUGAUUUGUCUGGGGUUACAUAACUAGGAAAUGACUGAGGUCAGUCUUAAAUUCAGGUCUUUCUAGCACCAACAGCCAGCACUCUCUCCCUUUCCCACAAUUUCUCUAUUUUCCUUAUCAUUCUCUCAGAGAUUUUACUUUUCAUACAGCUGGAUCUAGGCCUUUGCAUGGUUAACUGACCUGACAGAAGGCGACAGCAGCCUAGAGUUAUUAGAAGGCAGUUCGAAGGUGAUAGGAGAGAAAUAUAGAGCUGGAAAUGAGGGUCCAUUCUCCCACUAACUCAAGGCAAAUCAUUUCCUUACAAAAGGAGUUCUUAACUGUUUUUGUGUCACAGAUACUUUUGGCCUGAUGAGCCCUAUGGACCCCUUUUUAGACUGAUAUUUUUAAAUCAAUAAAAUAAAAUUCAUAGAUUACAGAGGAAACCAAUAAUAAUGAAAUAAAGUUAUCCCCCUACCUUCACCCCCGAAAUGUCAAUAAACCCCAGGUUAAAAUCUCCUAAGAACAAUAGAAUAUCAGAGCAUUGGAAAGGAUCUCAGAAGUCAUGCAGUCUAACCUGUAUUUAUACAGAAAUCAUCUUUACAUUAUCCCUAAAGAAUGGCCAUCUGUUCUCUCCUUAAAGACCUCCAUUGGUGGAGACUUCUCUAUCCAUCAAAGUGGUCCAUCACAUUUUUGGAAAAUUCUACUUGUUAAGAAUUAUUUCCUUCUUUACACCUUUACAUUGAUAGAAUUAAUAUAUACAUAUAUAUCUACACUACAUACACACAUACAUAGAUACAUACAUAUAUGUAACAGGCUGCCUUUUCCCCAUCUGCUUAUCCAGUUCUGACAAAUUACCUUCAGAUUUUUUGAUUAAGCAAAAUAUUUUAAAGUGGUAGUGCUAAUUCUUUAUUCUUUUAGCAUAAAUCCACCCUUACAGAUAGCUUAUAUAUAUAUACACAUAUAUAUGUAUAUAUAUGUAUGUAUCUUUGGGAAUUGGCUAAAAACAUAUCCUAGUGCAUCUUAAUACCUAUGAUGAAGAUAAUAACAGUUGAUAGUAGUGUUACUAAUCAAACUAAAGUUCUUUGGUUUAGGGAAUAUUUUUAAUUAAACAAAAUUGUUUCUUCCUUAUCCAUAGCUUUAUUUAUUUAUUUUCUAGUUGUAGGUCUAUAGAUUUAAGUGAAAAUGGUAAAGAUCUUAAAUUCAUGAUUGAAAUGCCUGUGUUCAUUUCAUUUACAGCCUGUGAAUAUGUAGCCAGAAUGAUGAAAUACAGAAAUAUGUAACCAUCAACUUUUUGGUUGUACAUCACAUUUAUUGUUGAAAUUUAAAGUGGUAAUGUUUGGUUCUAAAUAUUCUCUCUCCAACUACCUAAGUAGGUACCCAUAGGUAGUGAUAGAGAAUAGUCAAGAUUUUAUAAAACUAGAAAUCUAACUUAUUGACAGUUUUGAGAAAUUUCCCUUUAAACAGGAUAAAAUGAAAUUUAGAAGGAAAAGUGAAAUAAAAAAUUUCUGAUCCCACAAUGACCCCCUACUAAUCCCACUACUGACCAUUAUAUUUAUGGCAUAUUUUCCUUUAACUGUCCUCUUCCCACCAUCUUUUUUUGGGGGGGGGCUUUUGUGUACAGAGGAUGUUAUAUGUGUUAGAAUGUUGUCUGAGACAUAGCCCACAGGAUAAUCUGGGAGCAUGUCAAAUAGAUGCAGUCUUUGAAUUAGAGAUAUACUUUAAACAAAUUCCCUUUAAUGUACAGAGAGAGGGGAUGGAAUUUAAAUGUAUGCUUUUGUGCUAGCAGUAAGGUUUCUACAGAGACGAACCAGGAAAUGAAACGGAGAAGUUAGUCACAGAGGUUAAAUGGAGAAAUAAAAUGUGUUAUAAUAUUUAAUUAUUACUAAGUAAAUGAGGCAUGUACAUAGCAAGAAGAGAAGAUAUCAUUAAUUCUGAAACCUUCCUUUCCUGAAAAACACAUUUAAAUUGCCCUCAUCUAUGGUUUGCAUGUCUUAAGCAUAUUAAAACAUUUUCAAAAGCAUGAAUGUGUUUUCAGUCAAAAAAAAAAACCCCUCAUUUGUUCCCUAUAAAUGUGAAUAUAGUUACUAUAUGUGAUUUAAGACAAGUUGGCUACUUUGUUUACUCUCAGUUGACUUCCCUGAUGAAGGCAAAUGGAAAGGAGGUUCCGUUAAAAAAGAAACACAUUCAUAUAAAAAAGAAACACACUGCCUUUGACUUUUUUGAUAAUAAACCUUCAGAAAUUUGAACUAAAAAUAAAUCUGAAUUUAUGAUCAUUCUAAUAGAGGCUGGAUCAAAACUUGCCUUUGCCAUACUUCUCUGGUUAGGGGAAAAAAAAGAACUGUGAAGGCAAAUUGAUAGAAUAAGCAAAAUUGUAAGAGGGAGUUUUAAAAACUAUUUGAGAACUACUUAACACGCAACCCCCCACUAUUUAUUUAUAAACAAGCAACAGACUAAUAUCUAAUCACAAAUUCAUUCAAUAUUUACCUUUAGGCAAUCUACCAUUUUCCUGGCCUACAACCAAUCACUCUAUGGUCUUGAAAGCAAAACAAAAAAUGAAUACAAAACAAUACAAAAAUUAUACUAAAACCCAACAACAAAAUAACCCAGGAUUAAAGAUUUCUUAUUGAGUCAGCCACUUUCCAAAUUAAUGGGGUGUUUUUAUAUAAUUUAAUUGAGCAAGUACUCAUGAAGUUCAAAUUAUGUGGCAAGCACUGUGUUAAAUGUUGGGGAUAACAAAGACAAAAACAAAUCUUCCCCUUCAAAGAGUUUAUAUAGUAUUGAAAGACAUAGCAGAUAUGAACACGAAAAGAUUGUGUUUGGAGUGAAUUAUUUUAGUUAAUUUAUUGAUGCUCUGUAUAGUAAUGACUUAAAGUACAAUUUUCCAAAUCCAGUCUUUUAAAUAUUUGUUGUGAUAUCAAACUAUAGGACAAAUUAUUUGAACUGCAGGAUAAACUACUUUGAGAAUGAUGAUGCCUUUGAGAUGUUAUUUGGAACAUGGACUGGGGGAAGAUGCUAUAACUAUUGAACUUAUGACUGUCAAGGUGGGGUGAGAUGAGUCUUAUAUUAAAAUCCAAAUGUUAGAUCCAAAAAAUGAAAAAAAAAAAGGUUUUUGGAAGGCAUUGUGAAUAUUGAAGAGCCCUAUGCUGACUUCCCUUCUCCCCUUCAAAAAUAGUAAAAAAAGAAACAUUCACCAAGGGAUUCAUAUAUGAGAUGAAUCUCUCUCUAUAGUACAGUGUUUCACAAAACAAUUUUAUCCUUAUCCACAAACACAUGUGUAACACCUAGUACAUUUCUGUGUAAACAAUGAAUGAGCUUGAAGCAUAAAUUUAUUCAAAUCACUUUAGGGAAGUCAACUGGAAAAUAGCUCAGUGGAAAAAGGUGAAAGAGGCUACAUGAACGUGUAGUCCCUGAUGCAAUAUAGAGAAAACAAUACAAUGUAUGAAUAGAGUAAAAUAUCCUGAAAUGUAUUUAAUAUAUUUGAGUCAGCUAGUUUGGACACAGUCUAUUUUUAAUAUGUGAGGAUAGAAUUUAAAAGAUGUGAUUAUUUAACAAUAACCUAUGUUUGCCAAUUUUGUAAUAUUUCAGUUGUCUCUUAAAAUGACUUAAUGAUUCAGUUUUUUUUUUUUUAGGAAGCAGAGAACCUGUUUUGGGUUACUUUUCUGCUUGGGUUAUUAGGUCUUGGGUUUUGAUCCCUCUGAAGGAUAGAGGACAUUAAACCUAGAAGCUCUGGUUGCUGUCUGUCUCUUGUAAAUGCCGAGCUCUGUCUCUCAUGUAAUUAGUUGCAUGGAAAAAGAGGUGAUGUAAUAAGCAAGACCUUCCUGAACACUUGAUUUUUGGAUGCAUGCCUACAAAGCCCCCUAUUCAUUUCCACUCAGGGUUAAGGCUAAAGGAGAGGCGAUCAUUGUUGGGAUCCUGAGACGCUCAGUUCUGUUGGUUGUUUCUGUAUUAGGAGUUAAUAGUAUCUAAGGAAAUAUCAGAGGCAAUGCCCUCUAUGGAAAUAUGUAUGAAGGGUUGGAAUGUGUCUAAUCAUCCUUGGGCUGCUCAGAAUAGUUCGUCAGUGACAGUGCUAAAAUUAUCUUAGGAGCCAUUACAACCUUGGCUACCUUAGUCCUCUGACUGAGUAGGGCAUUUUUCUUCCUUUCCUUAUCUUGAAUUGUGAGGUUGUAAUGUGAGGCAUGGCAGUCCAAUCCAGGAAUGGCUAUGUUUGUGGGCUGUGCAAAUAAAGAUGAGCCCUCUGGAUAUAGAGUGUGUAAUUUUGAAAAGGAUUUUGUGAUCUGUAAAAAACUGCUUUGGAUGCAUAGCAAAUGUUCUGGGGGAUGUUGCAAUUAAUGAAACAUUCAAGGAAAGAGAGAGAGAAUAUUUGCCUUGGAGACUUUCAUUCUUUCUUGAAAAGUCCCUUUACACUGUAGCCAGUGAAAUUCAUUUAUGUCUUAGAGUCCUCUGUCAAUGGGAGGUACACCCCUCCAUCUUCACAUUGUUCAUACACAAAAUCAUUAAUUCCCUUGGUUCUUGAAUCUUGAAAGGGAAGUUAGCAAGUGAAAUAUAAAAAGACUCAAAUAGCUCAAAUACAACAAUGAAAAAAUAAACCCAAAACUUAAUCUAGGAUUGUCUCAAUUUGUCUUUAAUGUGUAUUUCACUAUAAAUAAUGUUGAAUUUGCUGGACUAUUUCACACCAGUCUGUUCUGUUCACAUUGCAUGUAUGAAAUGGCCAAGUCCAGUCUUCAAUUUCCCUUUGCUUCAUUUUUUGAGGUUUUAUUUAUUUUUAAAAAUUGAAUCCCAUCCAGCUGUCAACUGGAAAAUGGAAGUAUUCUGAUAAAUUAUGUUUGGGGAUUGUUGUUUUUAUUUUUGGUCACAUUAAAAAGCUAGUAAACAAUAA